AUGCUCAUACAAUCGGUGAUUAUGUGGGGUUUUAAAACUGUUCCACAAACAAGUGGUCACAGAAAAGGAAAAGGCAGACCAGAAAAAUAUCUUAUUUACAAAAUAUUUCGUGCUCAGAAUAUACCAGGUGAACCAUUUGUACCCAUUGUUGGUCAAGUACCUGAUAUUCGUGCCUAUGCCAAAGUUCAUAAAGGCCGAAAUGAAUACGAGUUUGAUUUGAACGUGAAACAUGGUGAUAUUUGUAUCAUUAUGCAAGGCCCAAGCGUCUGCCUUCUCAUCAGAGACGCUUCAUUCAUUAGCGAUGCUUUGAAGAAGUAUUCAAAAUAUUAUAUUAAAUCAAAGUUAUUUCGUACAGUCUUCAGUGCGCUAAUGGGAGAACAUAAUUUGCUCGUCAGCGAAGGUGAUGUGCACGAUCGAUCGCGGAAAGCGUUAGGUACCGUUUGA